AUGGCUGAUAAUUCGAAAUUGGAACACAUUGAGCCAUUUCUAAAAGGUAGGGCAGAAAUAUGGUUCCAGGCUUUGCAAUUUACCAAUCAGCCUCUGUCUUGGAAUGAUUUUUACAAUAAGCUUCUUCAAAGAUUCGGAAAUAAAAGAGAGCUUCUCUUUCAAUUUGUUGUUUCUGAGGAAGAAGGACAGAAGGAGGUAACGGAGGCUGAUGGUAGCAACGUUGGAAAGGAAUUCUACUCGUCCACAAGUUUUAAUUCGUCACUUUCUGAAACAUUAAAACCAGAAGGAGCUAAAUCUAUUACUUCUCAUCAUUUAGAAGAAUUGGUUCAUGAUGAUGAGUUUUCUCGUAUUAAAACUGGUGUUGAUUGUCUGAUUGAUGAGGAGUUGUUGCCUCGUGCUGAUGAUAAUGACGUUUCUUUAGAAAAUCUUGUUGAUGACUUUAAGACUGAUGACAACUUGUUGAAUCCUACCACUUGUGAUUUAUAUGAUGACGAUGGUUCUCUGCCUGUGGGUGAAGAUUUUACAACCUUAGAUGAGAUUAAUGAUAAUGAUAGGACCGAUGAUAGGGAUCAUUUUCUAGAAAUUUUGGCUGGUGAUUCGGAGAAUGAAAAUGCUGCUAGCCCUGUUUUGUUAACUGAAUAUGUCGAGUUCUAUCAUAAGGUGGAUAGAAUGAGUAUGAAAGAUCAGAAAGGACUUCUUGGCUUGAGUAGUAAUGGCUCGUAUAAACUUGAAGGUAUUGCUGACGGGGAAAGUUUUGAAGAAGAUAGUCUUAUAGAUGCGCUGCUCUGUUUCAUUAAUGUAAAAGUUAGGAUAAAUUCUAAAGUAAGGGGAUGCAAACUCCAUUAUGAAAUGUUUGACGAAGAAGUUAGUUUCAACUUGUUGAGUGUUAAUAUGUUUGGAAGACCAUAUUCUAGUUUCCUGACUACCUAUAGCGAAAAAGAAAUCGGUAAAAAGACCUUUCACGAAACCAACAAACACUGGGAACCAUGGCUUGUAAAGGCUACAAGUUUCAAAGGAGGAAGUUCUAAGAUUAUGAAGGUUAAUAAGCAAUCUAGUGAUACUGCAAUGGAGGAAACCUUGAGGAAGGCUCUUGGAAGAGAGAAGGUAUUGGUCAAGUUUCCUUUGCAGGCUUUUGGAAUUAUACGAGGCUUGCUAUGUUGGUAA